GGCAGCAGUAUUAAGUACAUUAUUAAAGAGCCUUUGUGCUUGACGUGCCCAGUUUAGAGUGUGUCCAAGCGAGCUGUAUUUCAGCAGUUUUUUAGUGCUCUGUUGCUUCAAGGAGGUCCAACCCAACAUUUGAAACAACUCCAUGAACUGGCUCUUCCUGGAGGGCCUCCUCAGUGGGGCGAACAAGUACUCCACAGCUUUUGGUCGAGUCUGGCUCGCCAUAGUUUUUGUCUUCAGGCUCUUGGUCUUCUUGGUGGCCUGUGAAAAGGUCUGGGGUGACGAACAAAAAGACUUUGACUGCAACACCCGCCAACCCGGUUGUCAAAAUGUCUGCUACGACUACUACUUCCCCAUCUCCUACACCCGGCUCUGGGCUCUCCAGUUGAUCUUUGUGACUUGUCCAUCCCUUCUCGUGACUCUCCAUGUUUCCUACAGGAAAGACCGGGAGCGUAAGCACCGGCAAAAGCACGGAGAAGACUGCCCCCCUCUGUACGAUAACACAGGGAAGAAACGUGGGGGUCUCUGGUGGACCUACUUUUUCAGCUUGCUCUUCAAGAUAACUGUGGAUGGCAUGUUUGUCUUCCUGCUGUUCUACCUCUAUGAAGCCGCCUUCUUUCCUCCGCUGGUGAAAUGUAGGGAAGAGCCAUGUCCCAAUGUGGUGGACUGCUACAUUGCGAGGCCCACAGAAAAGAAAAUAUUCACUGUCUUCAUGGUGGUAACCAGCUUUGUGUGCAUGUUCCUCACUCUCUGUGAGGUGUUAUAUCUGUGCGGGAAGAGGUUACGGGAACGCUGUGAAAAAGGACCUCGCCCUGUGAGUGAAAACUCCCUCCUGAUGUCCAGAGUUCCCGUGAGUGAAAAGGAAAACUCCGCGCACAGCGAGCCUGUUCCAGAGAAGACUGUCGCCAACGGAGAACCGGGCCAGAAGGGUUCAGCCCCACCUUACAGCGUAUCAGUCUCCUGA